AUGUUAAGAUUAAAGGUUGAAAAAUUUAUAACUCAAAAAAGAAAGUUUUAUAGAGAACAAUAGUUUUUCAUUACUAGACAACUCUAUUUCAAAAAAAUAGAAAAUAUUUAAUGUUUUUAAUUUUUGGAGGAUUUAGAUUAAGUAAGUUUUUAAUAAGUUUAACAAUAUUACUAAAAAUUAAGUGAAAAUUCAUUUGAAAUUUUAAAGUAAGGCUUUAUUUCUAAAUUCUCGAUUCUAUUUAGUACAAACUAUAAUUAAAUUAUCAAGCACUUCAACAUUUUGAUACCUGUUCUUGCUUUAUUAUGUAAAUAAUCAGAAAAUAUUUAAAUUUAGUAGGAGCAACUUUAAGCUUUUCCUUUCUUUUUAGAAGUUAUAAAACUUCAAGAUGUAGAAUUAAUUGAUUUAGCAAUUGAUGGAUUAACAAAUUUAUCUAAAUAUAAAUUAGUGCAAAACUAUUCUUAAGAAUUUAUCAAUGAUUUACUUGAUUUGAUAAAUUUACAAGAUUCAAAUAUAAAUAUAGCAUAGACUUGUGCUUUGAUUUCAAAAUAGAUAGAAAUCAAAUUAUCCAAUAAUAUUCUCAAUUUAUUGUUUACAUCAAGAUUUCGUGCUUCUAUUCUAUAUUAUUUAAAUAUAGAUUGUUGUACAAUUUUAAAAUUUCUACUCAAAUUAUUAGAAAAGCAUUUAGAUUUGGGUUUUAUUGUCGAUAAUGAAUUCAUAUAGGCAAUAGUAAGAUAAUGGGAUUCUACUAAUUAUGAAAGAAUUAUUUAUGUAUACUAAUAUCUAAAAUAGGUAUUUUAUUUCAUGAAACAUUUUCUGUCUUCAAAUUCAAAUGCUUCAUAAUAUAUCGAUUAUGGUCCUCUAAUUCUUAAAGCCUAAAAAAUGAAAUAAGAAGAAAAUUCAUUUGAUUUCUUAAUUGAUUAAUUUUUAAAGUUAUCAAAGCCUUAGAUUACCUUAAAAUAAAAGCCUUUUGAAAUUCUCUAUGAAAUAUGA